AUGUCUUCGUCGUCCUCGUCUGAUGAUUCCGAUGAAGAUAUUAUUCUUCAAAUUUUAAUAAAUCUUCCAAGACCAAGGCGGUUUAAGGAUAGGUCAAAUCCGUUGCAGGACUAUGACGACUUGGACUUCAAGUGUCGCUUUAGAUUGUCGAAGGAAACAUUUAUGAUACUUUUGCAUAUGAUCGGUGAUUCUAUUAAACAUAAGACAAAUAGAAGUUCAUCUCUAUCACCUGUACUUCAACUUUUAAUUGCUCUGCGUUACUAUGCUACUGGAGCAUUCCAAAUGGUGUUAGGCGAUCAUAUUCAGGUUCAUAAAUCUACUGUUUGUAGAGUUAUUAAAACAGUGUCCACAGAAAUUGCUCGAUUACGUCCACAUUUUAUUGAAUUCCCUAGUACUGUUGCAGAGCAACAAAGAGUUCAAUUAGGAUUUUUCAGAUUACAUCAAUUUCCUCGUGUUAUUGGUGCCCUAGAUUGUUCGCAUAUCAGAAUACAAUCACCUAAAAGUGAUAUCGGCGAACAGUUCCGUAAUCGUAAAGGAUGGCCUGGAUCUGUCCACGAUAGCACUAUCUUUGAUAAUAGCUUGAUACGAGCAAAAUUUGAAAAUAAUGAGUUUGGAAAUACUUUUUUGCUUGGUGAUGGAGGUUAUCCUUGUAGAAAUUAUCUCCUAACUCCUUUAUUGAAUCCAAGAACUGAAGCUGAACGCAAAUAUCAAGUAUAUUUUGAAUACAUUUAA